AUGGACAUGGACGGGGCUGGUAAUCAACGAAAACUUCAAUUAAGUGACCUAGAAGAAAUUUGUAAUGAUGCAUAUGAAAGUUCACGAAUUUACAAGGAGAAAACAAAGUCUUAUCAUGAUAGUAGGAUUUCUAGAAAACAGUUUACUAUUGGACAGAAAGUUCUCUUGUUUAAUUUUCGCCUUCAUUUAUUUCCUGGUAAACUGAAAUCUCGUUGGAUAGGACCUUUUUUUGUGCUUAAUAUGUUUUCUCAUGGUGCAGUAGAGAUUCGUAGCUUAUUGACGGGAAAGGAUCUUAAAGUGAAUGGGCAUCGUUUAAAGCCCUAUUAUGAACCAUUUGAUGCUGAAACGGAAGAGAUCCAACUUGUUGAUGUACUCCCUAUGGAGGAGUAG